AUGAGAGAAUGGGUCCUGCUCCUAACCACAGUGCUCUGUGGCCUGGCUGGCCCCACACACCUGUUCCAGCCCAGCCUGGUGCUGGACAUGGCCAAGGUGCUCUUGGAUAACUACUGCUUCCCCGAGAACCUGGUGGGGAUGCAGGAAGCCAUCGAGCAGGCCAUCAAGAGCCGUGAGAUUCUGGGCAUCUCAGACCCUCAGACGCUGGCCCAGGUGCUGACGGCUGGAGUGCAGAGCUCCCUGAACGACCCUCGCCUGGUCAUCUCCUAUGAGCCCAGCACCCUCGAGCCUCCCCGAGAGGCCCCAGCACUCACCAACCUCACACAAGAGGAACUGCUGGCCUGGCUGCAGAGGGGCCUCCGCUACGAUGUUCUGGAGGGCAACGUGGGCUACCUGCGGGUGGAUGACAUCCCAGGCGAGGAGGUGCUGAGCAAGCUGGGCCAGUUCCUGGUGGCCCACGUCUGGGGAAAGCUCAUGGGCACCUCUGCCCUGGUGCUGGAUCUGCGACACUGCACGGGGGGCCAGGUGUCCGGCAUUCCCUACGUCAUCUCCUACCUGCACCCGGGGAACACGGUCCUGCACGUGGACACCAUCUACGACCGCCCCUCCAACACGACCACAGAGAUCUGGACCUUGCCCCAGGUCCCGGGAGAGAGGUAUGGUGCCGACAAGGACGUGGUGGUCCUCACCAGUGGCCACACCGGGGGCGUGGCUGAGGACAUCGCCUACAUCCUCAAGCAGAUGCGCAGGGCUAUCGUGGUGGGCGAACGAACAGUGGGGGGUGCCCUGAACCUGCAGAAGCUGAGGAUAGGCCAAUCCAACUUCUUCCUCACCGUGCCCGUAUCCAGGUCCCUGGGGCCCCUGGGUGGGGGCAGCCAGACGUGGGAGGGCAGCGGGGUGCUGCCCUGUGUGGGGACGCCAGCCGAGCAGGCCCUGGAGAAAGCCCUGUCCAUCCUCACUCUGCGCCGCGCCCUGCCGGGGGUCGUCCGCUGCCUGCAGGAGGCGCUGCAGGACUACUACACGCUGGUGGACCGCGUGCCCACGCUGCAGAACCACCUGGCCAGCAUGGACUUCUCCACAGUGGUCUCCGAGGAGGACCUGGUCACCAAGCUCAAUGCCGGCCUGCAGGCUGUGUCCGAGGACCCCAGGCUCCUGGUGCGGGCCAUUGGGCCCAGAGAAACCCCUCCUGGGCCCGAGGCUGAAGCCGAAGAACUCCCAGGGGAAGUCCCAGAGGUGCCCGAGGAUGAGGCUGCCCGGCAAGCCCUGGUGGACUCCGUGUUCCAGGUGUCAGUGCUGCCGGGCAAUGUGGGCUACCUGCGCUUCGACAGUUUUGCCGAUGCCUCUGUGCUGGGGGCGCUGGGCCCAUACAUCCUGCGCCAGGUGUGGGAGCCCCUGCAGGACACGGAGCACCUCAUCAUGGACUUGCGCCACAACCCCGGGGGGCCGUCCUCAGCCCUGCCCCUGCUGCUCUCCCACUUCCAGGGCCCCGAGGCCGGCCCCGUGCGCCUCUUCACUACCUAUGACCGCCGCACCAACGUCACGCAGGAGCACUUCAGCCACACCGAGCUGCUGGGCCCGCGCUACAGCACCCACCGCGGCGUGUACCUGCUCACCAGCCACCGCACCGCCACCGCCGCCGAGGAGUUCGCUUUCCUCAUGCAGUCGCUGGGCUGGGCCACGCUGGUGGGCGAGAUCACCGCGGGCAACCUGCUGCACACCCGCACGGUGCCGCUGCUGGACACGCCCGGGGGCCGCCUGGCGCUCACCGUGCCUGUGCUCACCUUCUUUGACAACCACGGCGAGGCCUGGCUGGGCGGCGGCGUGGUGCCCGAUGCCAUCGUGCUGGCCGAGGAGGCCCUGGACAGAGCCCAGGAGGUGCUGGAGUUCCACCGGAGCCUGGGGGCCUUGGUGGAGGGCACAGGGCACUUGCUGGAGGCCCACUACGCUCGGCUGGAGGUCGCCGGGCAGAUGGGCGCCCUGCUGCGAGCCAAGCUGGCCCAGGGGGCCUACCGCACGGCAGUGGACUUGGAGUCGCUGGCCUCCCAGCUCACAGCAGACCUGCAGGAGGUGUCUGGGGACCACCGCCUGCUGGUGUUCCACAGCCCUGGCGAGCUGGUGGUGGAGGAGGCGCCCCCACCGCCGCCUGCCGUCCCCUCCCCGGAGGAGCUCUCCUACCUCAUUGAGGCCCUGUUCAAGACAGAGGUGCUGCCCGGCCAUCUGGGCUACCUCCGUUUUGAUGCCAUGGCCGAGCUGGAGACGGUGAAGGCCAUUGGGCCGCAGCUGGUGCGGCUGGUGUGGCAGAAGCUGGUGGACACGGCGGCGCUGGUUGUUGACCUGCGCUACAACCCCGGCAGCUAUACCACGGCCGUGCCGCUGCUCUGCUCCUACUUCUUUGAGGCGGCGCCCCUCCAGCACCUCUACUCCAUCUUUGACCGGGCCUCCUCAAGGGUCACAGACGUGUGGACGCUGCCCCAGGUUGCUGGCCAGCGCUACGGCUCCCACAAGGACCUCUACAUCCUGAUGAGCCACACCAGCGGCUCCGCGGCCGAAGCUUUUGCUCACACCAUGCAGGACCUGCAGCGGGCCACGGUCAUCGGGGAGCCCACGGCGGGAGGGGCUCUCUCUGUGGGCAUCUACCAGGUGGGCAGCAGCCCCCUAUAUGCCUCCAUGCCCACCCAGAUGGCCCUGAGUGCCACCACAGGCCAGGCCUGGGACUUGGCCGGCGUGGAGCCCGACGUCACCGUGCCCAUGGGCGAGGCCCUUUCCACAGCCCAGGACAUAGUGGCCCUGCGUGCCAAGGUGCCCACAGUGCUGCAGACGGCCGGGAAGCUGGUAGCUGAUAACUACGCCUCCCCCGAGCUGGGGGCCAAGAUGGCUGCAGAGCUGAGCGGUCUGCAGAGCCACUACUCCAGGGUGACCUCAGAAGUGGCCCUGGCCGAGAUGCUGGGGGUUGACCUGCAGAUGCUGUCCGGGGACCCACACCUGAAGACAGCCCAUAUCCCUGAAGACUCCAAGGACCGAAUUCCUGGAAUUGUGCCCAUGCAGAUCCCUUCCCCUGAAGCCUUUGAAGACCUGAUCAAGUUUUCCUUCCACACUAACGUGCUUGAGGACAACAUCGGCUACUUGAGGUUCGACAUGUUUGCGGACUGUGAGCUGCUCAUCCAGGUCUCUGAGCUGCUGGUGGAGCACAUUUGGAAGAAGAUCAUGCACACAGAUGCCAUGAUUGUCGACAUGAGGUUCAACAUCGGUGGCCCCACAUCCUCCAUCCCUGUCUUGUGCUCCUACUUCUUUGACGAAGGCCCUCCGGUUCUGCUGGACAAGAUCUACAGCCGGCCCAAUGACUCUGUCAGCGAACUCUGGACGCACACCCAGGUUGCAGGUGAACGCUAUGGCUCCAAGAAGAGCAUGGUCAUUCUGACCAGCAGUGUGACGGCCGGUGCUGCGGAGGAGUUCACCUACAUCAUGAAGAGGCUGGGCCGGGCCCUGGUCAUUGGGGAGGUGACCAGCGGUGGCUGCCAGCCACCACAGACCUACCACGUGGACGACACCCACCUUUACCUCACUAUCCCCACAGCCCGCUCUGUGGGGGCUGCAGAUGGAAGCUCCUGGGAAGGGGUGGGGGUGACACCCCACGUGGCUGUCCCUGCAGAAGUAGCUCUCACCAGAGCCAAAGAGAUGCUCCAGCACAACCUGCUGAGGUUGAGGCGGAGCACAGGCCUGUAGGGCCACCGGGAGGG